AUGGUGGCUUCGGUAAAACGCACUGUAAGAAUAAAGACCCAGCAAGCUAUUCUGCCAGAUGUUCCGCCGCCAGUGGAGAAUUUUCCCAUGCGGAAAUGGAGUAUCGAGAUUUUCCUAUUAGAUGAGCAAGGCAAUGAAGUACCGGCCACCAUUUUCGACAAAGUUGUUUACCAUCUACAUCCCACAUUUCCUAAUCCAACCCGAACCUUUACAGAAACGCCGUUCAAAAUCGAGGAACAAGGAUGGGGUGGGUUUGAACUUCUCAUCAGUGGCCACCUGCUGGAAAAAGGUGGAGAAAGAAAACUCACGCACGAUCUGCAUUUCAUGAAAGAUGUUUACGAGGCCGACCACGUCAUUCAAGUGCCCAUCAAUAAACCAAUACUGAAGGCAGAAUUAAUGAAAAGUGGGCCAGUAGACGAAGCCGCCGUUUCUGCAGCUGGAACUCCAGUUUCCAGCGUUGCAGGUGGUGGAGAGAAACGUAAAGCAGCGGCAGCUUCAAGCACUGAAUCCAAGAGCAAAAAGGCCAAAACCGGGAGUGGAAGCGCAUUGAAGGGCAAUGUAGACUUGGAAAAGCUGGCAUUUGGUCUCACAAAGCUGAAUGAAGACGAUCUGGUCGGUGUUGUGCAGAUGGUCACAGACAACAGAACUUCAGAGAUGAACAUUACCAAUAACAUAGAAGAAGGUGAGUUUAUUAUCGACCUUUACAGCUUGCCCGAGGGCCUCUUAAAGAGUUUGUGGGAAUACGUCAAGAAAAAUACCGAGUGA